UGUGGUAUUGUUUACAUCACGGGUCAAAACUUGUUGUGAUGUGAGAGUGUCUUAUCAUUUCUUCGAUGUUUGGAAAUUUUGCUAACAAAAAGAGAAGGGAAAAUGGUGUUUCCUCGUUGAUUCUUGUUAAAUAGAUCCAGUGAUCGCCUAGAGCGAUUGUCAAGUUAAUUCGAGAUGCCCGUGCCUGAAGAGUCGUUGUUUUCAUUGGAGUUAGUGAUCGACAAACUGUACAUUCCACAUGUAACAUGUCGCUUUCCCGCCGUUGCAUUCCGACUCUUAGAUUUUCCGACAAUUUUAAUUAACCACGUAGAAGAUGGUCUCAGUAAAACAAUUAAAGAAAAGAUUGCUCGUGAUCCAUAUUAUCAAAUGCCAGACCAGUUUGCUGAACUCCAAGACAACCAUGGGAAUUACAUGGUGAAAAAGGGAAAAUCAUGUCUGUUCACAACAAGUGUAGACUCUUUAAAGGCCCACUUAUUAAAUACACCUCUUUAUGUUAUGGUUUUAGACAUGUAUCCUGAAACACCAAAGCUUGUAGGCAAUAGCAGUGUUCCGCUUGACAAUCUUAUGAAAGACAUUUGUGUAGAUAUUGUGAAAAAUGGUGCUUCGGUCCCAUCAGUUCAUGGUGACAAAGGCUUAUUUAAAAUCUACAGCCUGAUGGGAAAAGAAAUAGGGUAUAUUGUGUUAGGCUUUCGUUUGCUGUGUCUGGGGCCAAGUUUAGCAGGACAUGUAUCCAGUAAACCUAUUCUCAAGUCAAAGUUACACACAGCGGAAAUCGAAGAUCAAAGAAAUGUUAAUUUCAUAGAUGUAAAGCCAGUUGACAAAGAUGAAAAGGCAUCCCCUUUUAAAAAUGACAGUCAACCUAAAGAUAUCAGCAGUCAUGAAAAUAAACUAAGAUCAUCCCAUGACAUGGGUUCUAUGACUGAUGCUAUGAAGCAUGAUGUUUUACUGCAAACUAUUCCCACGGAAGAAAAGGCUGUGCAUGUCGUUAUUUCUGAACCAGAACGUCCAAAACCAAAACAUUUCUCCUCUUCCACACAAACACAUAAACGUAAUAAAAGGAGAAAUAGACACUUUCCCCUGCAAGGACUAGACAUAAAACCUGAUUUGGAAAAUCAAGAAGAUGACCUUGAGGUUCCAAAUGUCAUAUGUCCCCCACCAUUAUUUUACAAUAAAUACUCUGAACCAAGAUUAAGAACUGAACGGCCUGUUGAUUAUACGGAUGACGAAAGUUUAGAUGAUAUUAGUGAAAUAGGAAGUAUUAAUGGACAUAAAACCCCAAAUGAAGUUUCCCAUGUUGCUAAAAGUUCAGAAAAGAAGCAUGUUACACUGAGCAAUCAAGUAAAAUCAAGGUCUGCAGUGAAUCAUUGUGGUCCAAGAGUAAAACAACAGGGACCAGAGUUACACUUACUUCAAAAUAAUCAAACAGAAGCAGUGUUCCCGAUCCUGACAGCCUUAUUAAAUGAACUAGUUGGUAUCCAAGGAUCUCAUGGUUUAGAAAAUGUUAUUAGCAAGGUAAACACUGCAAUACAGUCCCCAAAACAACCAGAUAAUAUCAGAAAGGUUAAAAAUGAGUAUCCCAUUUCUUCAUCUUUCUCUAAAUCAACAGUUAGCUCUGAAAGAAAGAUGAAUCUCCAGAAAGAGGUACCCAUCAAAUCCCCCCGAAAUAAAAGUUGGAUUAGGAAAACCCCAGAAUCUAUUCCUAGAAAAGGCAAGCUAACUUAUAGACUUACUAAGACUCAGAAACUGCGAUUAGCAAAGGGAAAUCCCAAGUGGUUAAAAGAGAAAGAAAAGACUGAAGAAAGUUUGAAAACACAAAAACCAUUGCAUGCAGUCCCUGAACAAGAGGAUGAAUUAAAUGUUACAAAUUUUUCAGAUACGUUAACUGAAGUCAGAAGGCUCGCGGAAAAAGAACUAGCUAAUCAAACUUUGGAUUCUGUCCAUGAUAUGUCAACAAUGGCAAGCAAUUUGUCAAGCCCUCCACGUUUGAAGAAAAAGUACACAUCCAAAACAAAAUCAAAAGAAUCCAGUAGUCCAAAAGUUAAACACAAAGAAUCUCUGUCAAAUUCAAAUAAUCGGCUCGGAAAAUCCAAUUCUAAUAAAGAUGUAAAAUCCCCUACAUCUAAAUUACAUUCAAAGGACAUGCCAAUAACACCAAAGUCGACUAGGGGUUCACCAGCUGUAAUGGAACAUGAUGAUGCUCCUCAACCUCUGGUUGCAGUAGAACCAGAACUGAGAAGAUUUGUGUCCCCAGAUGUACCCAGUACAACAAGUGGUGUUACUGAUGAGGAUAAUGAAAGAGUAGGGAGUGUCAUGAAUCAGAAAAGUGUAAAGGUGCAUAUACCUAAAGCUGACACUGAACAUGAAAGUGAUGAGGAUAUUCCGUUACCUGAUAAUGAUAGGGCUGGUUCAAAAUUGGGUAGCAUUCUACAAAGAUCUCAAACAUCAUUUGAUAUGUCAGAAACUGUAGAUGAGGAUGCUCCCAUGGAGUCAACAAGAACAUCUCAGAAUUAUCGCAGUGAUUUUGCUGACUCUAAAGUGUAUCAGUCAACAACAGACAAUGAUACUAAACAAUUUCUGUCAACUGAAGAACCAGAGCUGAAGAAAUUAAUGAGUGAUGAUAAUUCUGAGGUUUCUGAGCCCUCCCCAAGAUAUGUUCCUAAUUUUUCUUCCGAGAGUAAACCAAGUGUUAGGUCAUCUUUAAAGUUUCCUGUAGUCAAUCCUGUUGCAUCUGAAAACUCGCCCAUUCCUGCUACCAGAAAAUCAACAAUAAAAUCUGAGGGCAAGUUAACACCUAGGAAUUCCGAAAAUGUUUCAUCUCCCGCGAGCUCCAGGGUCCACACACCACGGGUGAAAAGAUAUGUCCCGAAGCCCAGAGAAUCUAUCCAUACUGAAUCUGUUAGUUCUUAUUUACCAUCAGAUGCUGAUGCAGCAGUGUCUCUAACCAGUUCUGCUAAUUAUUCGGAUGAUUUUCAACUUAGUGCAAGUUUUGGUAGUGGCUCUGAUUUAGCAUCAUCACCAGAAGUUCAAAAUGUGCCUCACAGAAUACCUUCAACAAAAUUAGGGUAUACAAUAUCAUGAAUACAUGUUGGUUUUCGUAAUGUGCCUUUGUACUUGUUUAGUUGCCUUCUUAUUUCAAGAAACUUAUUACACAAUCUCAAGUGCUCUUCAUGAGAUAGUGCCUGCUUCAAUGUGAAUAUUUUUGUGUAUGUCUGUUCUUCAUCUUGAUAAAUCAUUAUAGUUCACUUUUGCGGUGGGGUGGAAAGGGGAUUGAAACCUGAAGAAUUGUUAUUUAUAAAUUAAGCCUAAUUGUUUUUCAUAUGGGUAUCCUCUUAAAAUUAAAAUAUUUUAUUUCUAAUUGUCUAUAAUUUUGAUGAUCUAAGCUAUGUGGAUGUACAAACUGUAUGUGUAUUACUGCAGUAUAUUUCUGUUUAGAAUUCAUAAUAUUUUCUGAUGUAUAUUCCCAUUUCUAGCUAUGAAUUGUAUUAUUUAUUAUGAUAAUUGUUUAUGUAUUUAUUUUUAUAAAAUAUAUAAUGUAUUUAUCUGAAAAAGAAUCAAGAAUUUACAUGAAGUCUUUUGUAGUGGGGCUAUACUGGAGUUAUCUCCUUUCAACCGUUUAGAACUCAGAAGCGUUACCUUCCUCUGAAGACUUGACGUAUACCACUGCCAAAUUGUGUCAUCAACUGUGCAGGCCUAUGGUUCAAUUUAAUUUCAAUAAUUCGCUUGAGCGUAGGGGUCUUUAAUAGUGGAAGGACCCGGAGAAAACCCACUUGGUUGGACAGGCUAUCCCACUCCUUGUUACGUACCACUGGGGAAUCGAAACCACGCCAGUUGACUCAAUGACAGACCUUAUGGUACAGCGCACCACCACCAAUACCACCACCACCACCCCAGGCCUAUAUGACUCCGGGCAAGUUCUCCGUUUGAUAUUGGUAAUUACUUUGACAUUGGCAAUCUUUCUCUAUACUUUGUGUAGUGACUUAACUGAUAACCCAGGCAGUCGCAAACCUAAUAGUAGUACAUUAUGACUGAUAGGGAUGACAUCAGGACGAGUUCUUUUCAAAAUAAAAUUCUAAAUACAUGUAUAUAUUUUUAUACGCCCACAUUUAAAUGUGGUCGUAUAUAUUGUCGCCCCCGUCCGUCCGGCGUCCACAAUUGCUUGUGGACGCUCUAGAGGCUAAAGUUAAUAUCCGAUUGACUUUAAAUUCAUACACAGCGUUUAAGGUCGUGCGACGAAGAAUCCUAUUGAUUUUUAGCAAUUUCCGAUAAUUACUGCCAGAGUUAUGGCCCUUGAUCACUUUUAAAAAUCUUGUGGACGCUAUAGAGGCCAAGGUUAAUAUCCGAUUGACUUUAAAUUUAUACUCAGUGUUUAAGGUCAUGAGACGAAGAAGCCUAUUGAUUUUCAGCGAUUUCCGAUAAUUACUGCCAGAGUUAUGGCCCUUAAUCACUUUGAAAAAUCUUGUGGACACUCUAGAGGUCAAAGUUAAUAUCCGAUUGACUUUAAAUUUAUACACAGUGUUUACGGUCAUGAGACGAAGAAGCCUUUUGAUUUUCAGCGAUUUGCGAUAAUUACUGCCAGAGUUAUGGCCCUUGAUCACUUUGAAAAAUCUUCUGGACGCUCUAGAGGCCAAAGUUAAUAUCCGAUUGACUUUAAAUUUAUAAUCAGAUUUUAGUGUAUUAUAAAUGUUUCAUUACCGAAAAUUAAAAAUAUGCGACAACUCUUGUUGACUGCCCGGACGAUUUAGCUGCUGUGGGCGUAUGUUUCGUUGCCUGGCAAUCUAUCUUUAAAAAAUUAUGUAGAACAAAAAAGGAUUUUGAAGUGCCAGGAUCUGGUUGCUUCCCAUUCGAACGACUCGAAACAUAGGGCAAGGCCAGCAGACAUCUUGAUAAUUAAGACGCAAUCCAUUCUCGGAAACAUGCGCGUAUCUAUUAAAGGGACAAUAACACUCUUGCUGGCUUGACAGCUCCAGAAAAUAAAAAAUAGCCUUAUUCUAAGUACUAGAUGUGUUAGUGUCCUACCUGUUGUGUAAAUUAUCCAUUACAUCCUAUUUUACUUGUCCUGAGGGUUCGAAAAUGUUUUUAAAUCCCAGUCACAUUUGAAAAGGUUUACGUUAGGCUUUUCGGAUCAUUUACAUGUAGUUGAAUUUUUCCAAUUUUUUAAAUUAUGUGUGUUAAGAUGAAAUUUGUAUCAUCAAUUAAUUGGAAUAUUGUAAAAUAGUACAAUUUGUUGACCAUAAUAAAGAUUGGGACAUAUUAUUCAGUUACAACAAGAGUGGUAUUGAGCCUUUAAUCAAUUACAAUACGGGAUCAGCGUUUACAUAUUAUGAAAUGAUACUGGGUUUAACGCCCAAUUUUCUGGA